AUGCCUAAGGUCAGCAGCUCCCGUGCUGCUGCUGCUGCACGCAGACACAACCCUCUAGCAGAGGAUAUUACGUCCGCGGGGCACCUCCGAACCCAGACCAGCAAGAAAGGCAAGCGUCAGUCUCAAGAUGGAGAUGAAAAUGGUGAGAGUGGACAAGGCUUUGUUGAUGCCAAUAUGUCGAGAAAGAUUCUCCAGAUUGGUCGAGAAUUAGCUGAAGAAGAUGCCGCCGAACAAAAGCUUGCAAUGGGCUCCAUGCAACCCAAAUCAAAUGCUGCCUUUGAGUUUGACUCUCGAUUUGAAGACGAGGCCCUUUCAGAUGACGAGAACUUUGGAAAUGAAGAGUGGGUGGACGAGGAUGUCGAGGCAGUGGAUGUUGAUCCCAACGAUCUUGAUAUGUUCAACAAGUUUAUGCCAGGAGACCAUGAGGAUGACCCCAUCUUUCACCCACGGGACCCUGCAGCGGCUGGUGAGACUACAAACCUUGCCGAUCUGAUCUUGGAGAAGAUUGCAGAGCACGAGGCCAAGCAGGCAGGUGAGAGCGGUCAACCAUUCAUUCACGGUGGUGGUCUGGCUGAGGAUGCCGUCCAAAUUCCGGCCAAGGCAAUCGAAGUCUUUGAGAAGGUCGCCACGAUUCUCUCUCGCUACAAAUCGGGCCCGCUUCCCAAGCCCUUCAAGAUUCUCCCUUCUGUGCCAAACUGGCAGACUCUUCUAGACAUCACCCAACCUGAGAGAUGGACUGCCAAUGCCGUCUUUGCUGGUACUCGUAUCUUUAUCUCUUCUAAGCCCCAUGUGGCGCAAGAAUUUAUCGGCACUGUAUUGUUGGACCGCGUCCGUGAAGAGAUCCACGAGACCAAAAAGCUGAACGUCCACACCUACAACUCUCUUCGUAAAGCUCUUUACAAGCCUGCAUGCUUCUUCAAGGGCCUGCUCUUUCCGCUAGUAGCUAGCGGCACUUGCUCUCUGCGCGAGGCCCAUAUAGUCUCCUCGGUGAUUGCCCGUGUGUCUAUUCCUGUGCUCCACUCCGCCGCGGCCCUUCUCCGCAUGUGUGAUAUUGCCGCUGAGCAGUCCACUCGGUCCCUCGAGAGCACUGGUGCCGUCAACACAUUCAUCCGGGUGUUCCUGGAGAAGAAGUAUGCUCUGCCAUACAAGGUGAUCGAUGCACUUGUCUUCCACUUCAUGCGCUUCCGAGCCGCCGAUGGCUCAGAAGAUGUCAUGAUGGACGCCAAUUCCAAGGCUUACAAGUUGCCCGUCUUGUGGCACCAGUCUUUGUUGGUUUUUGCUCAGCGGUAUCGCAAUGACAUCACCGAGGACCAGCGUGAGGCUCUUCUUGAUUUGCUGCUGGUCCGUGGACACAAGGAUAUCGGCCCUGAAGUCAGACGUGAACUACUUGCUGGCCGUGGUCGAGGUGUUGUACUUCCUGACCCUGAACGGCAAAAUGCCCUUGAUGCCGGUGACGACACAAUGGAUAUGGACAUGUAG